AAGUCACAGGUGCUUCCGGAGUGCGUCAUUGAUGGGUAGAAAUAAGUGGAGUGCAUAGUUAAACACACGCUCACUGCUCUUGUUUUUUUCCUUUCCUUUUAGAAAGAAAGAACUCUCUGCCACCAAGAAAGACCGUGUGAACCAUUGUCUGACGAUAUGUGAGAACAUUGUGGCUCAGUCUCUCAGAAAUUCUCCAGAAUUUCAGAAACUCCUGGGCAUUGCCAUGGAGCUGUUUCUGCUGUGCAGUGACGAUGCGGAGUCGGAUGUCAGGAUGGUGGCUGACGAAUGCCUCAACAAAGUCAUAAAAGCUUUGAUGGAUUCUAACCUUCCGAGGCUGCAGCUAGAGCUCUAUAAGGAAAUUAAAAAGAAUGGUGCUGCCCGGAGCUUGCGCGCUGCCCUGUGGAGGUUUGCAGAGCUAGCUCACCUGGUUCGGCCUCAGAAAUGCAGGCCUUACCUGGUAAACCUUUUGCCUUGCCUGACUCGAACAAGCAGGAGACCUGAGGAGUCUGUUCAGGAGACCUUGGCUGCAGCCAUACCCAAAAUUAUGGCUUCAUUUGGCAAUUUUGCAAAUGACAAUGAAAUUAAGGUUCUGUUAAAGGCCUUCAUUGCGAACCUGAAGUCAAGCUCCCCAACCAUUCGGCGGACAGCAGCUGGCUCUGCGGUGAGCAUCUGCCAGCACUCCAGGAGGACGCAGUACUUUUACAGCUGGCUACUAAACGUGCUCUUAGGUUUGCUGGUUCCUGUUGAGGACGAACACCCCUCUCUCCUGAUUCUUGGAGUGCUGCUCACACUGAGGUACUUGGUGCCCUUGCUGCAGCAGCAAGUCAAGGACACCAGCCUGAAAGGCAGUUUUGGGGUGACACGGAAAGAAAUGGAAGUCUCUCCCUCGACAGAGCAGCUGGUGCAGGUUUACGAGCUAACCUUGCAUUACGCUCAGCACCCAGACCACAAUGUGGUGACUGGGGCGCUGGAGCUCCUGCAGCAGCUCCUCAGGACCCCGCCCCCUGAGCUCCUGCGGGCCCUGACCACACCCGGUGGCCUGGUGCAGCUCAGUAACCCGAGCCAGGAGCCUGGUGGCCGAAGUCGCAGCGGGAGUAUUGUGGAGCUGAUAGCUGGAGGGGGUUCUUCAUGCAGCCCUGUCCUUUCAAGAAAACAAAAAGGGAAAGUGCUCUUUGGAGAAGCAGCAGCCUUGGAGGAUGACUCUGAGUCAAGGUCGGAGGGCAGCAGCCCCGCCUUCGCAGCCUCAGUUAAGGGUGAGAUCUGUGGGGAGCUGGCUGCCUCUUCUGGGGUCUCCACUCCGGGCUCUGCCAGCUCCACGGCUGACUCCACGGGCCAUGACAUCAUCACCGAGCAGCCCCGGUCUCAGCAUACUCUGCAGCCGGACCCCGUGGACCUGACUAGCUGUGACUUGGUGAGCACUGCCACUGAGGGGGACGAGGAGGACAUCUUAAGCCACAGCUCCAGCCAGAUCAGUGCUGUCCCGUCCGACCCAGCCAUGGACCUGAACGACGGGACCCAGGCCUCCUCACCCAUCAGCGACAGCUCUCAGACCACCACUGAGGGGCCCGACUCAGCCGUGACUCCUUCAGACAGUUCUGAAAUCGUGUUAGAUGGUGCCGACGGCCAGUAUUCAGGGAUGCAGCUCGGGCCCCCACCGGACGAGGAGGAGCCCGUGGGCCUCCUUCCAGAUGAGGACGCCGACGCCUUCGCAGCUGCCUCGGUCGCCCUCCAGCAAGCACAUUUGUUGAAAAGCAUGGGCCACAGCAGGCAGCCCUCGGACAGCAGUGUGGACAAGUUUGUUUCGAGAGAUGAAGCUGCUGACCCAGGAGAGCAGGAAGACAAGCCUUGCCGGAUCAAAGGUGACAUCGGACAGUCCAAUGAUGACGACUCUGCCCCCCUUGUCCAUUGUGUUCGCCUUUUAUCUGCCUCAUUUUUGCUCACUGGCGAGAAAAAUGCGUUGGUUCCGGACCGGGACGUUCGUGUCAGUGUGAAGGCACUAGCUCUCAGCUGUGUCGGGGCCGCCGUGGCCCUCCACCCUGAGUCUUUCUUCAGCAAGCUUUAUAAAGUCCCUCUUGACACCGCGGAAUACCCUGAGGAGCAGUGUGUCUCAGACGUCUUGAACUACAUCCACCACGGGGACCCGCAGGUCCGCGGAGCCACGGCCAUUCUCUGCGGGACACUCGUCUGCUCCAUCCUCGGCAGGUCUCGCUUCCAGGUGGGAGACUGGCUGGGCUCCGUUCGAACUCUCACAGGAAACACGUUUUCUCUGGUGGACUGUGUUCCUUUGAUGCAGAAAACAUUGAAGGAUGAAUCGUCUGUUACUUGCAAGUUGGCGUGUACUGCUGUGCGGCACUGCGUCAUGAGCCUCUGCAGCAGUAGCUACAGUGACCUGGGGCUGCAGCUGAUCACCGAUGUGCUGAGCCUGCGGAGCAGCUCCUACUGGCUGGUGAGGACGGAGCUGCUGGAGACGCUCGCCGAGAUUGACUUCAGGUUGGUGAGCUUUUUGGAAGCAAAAGCAGAACACCUGCACCGAGGGGCUCACCAUUACACAGGGCUUUUGAAACUGCAAGAACGGGUGCUCAAUAAUGUGGUCAUCCAUUUGCUUGGGGAUGAAGACCCCAGGGUGCGACACGUUGCUGCCUCUUCAUUGAUGAGGCUUGUCCCAAAGCUGUUUUAUAAAUGUGACCAAGGACAGGCUGAUCCAGUGGUGGCAGUGGCAAGGGACCAGAGCAGUGUUUACCUGAAACUUCUUAUGCACGAGACGCAGCCUGCAUCUCACUUCUCUGUCAGCACCAUAACCAGAAUAUAUAGAGGCUAUAACUUACUGCCCAGCAUCCCCGAUGUCACCAUGGAGAAUAACCUCUCCAGAGUCAUCGCAGCCGUGUCUCACCAGCUAAUCACGUCCACCACUCGGGCGCUCACGUUCGGAUGCUGCGAAGCUUUGUGUCUUCUCUCAACUGCCUUUCCUGUCUGCACUUGGAGUCUGGGCUGGCAUUGUGGGGUGCCCCCACUGAGCACCCUGGACGAGUCUAGGAAGAGCUGUACUGUCGGCAUGGCCACGAUGAUCCUUACCCUGCUCUCGUCAGCUUGGUUCCCGUUGGAUCUCUCAGCCCAUCAGGAUGCUUUGAUCUUAGCCGGAAAUUUGCUUGCAGCCAGUGCCCCCAGGUCUCUGAGGAGUUCGUUCACCGCUGACGACGAGGCCAGCCCGGCCACCGCCAAGCAGGAAGAGGCAUGGCCAGCUCUGGGGGACCGGACCCUGGUGCCCAUGGUGGAGCAGCUCUUCUCCCACCUGCUGAAGGUGAUCAAUGUCUGUGCCCACGUAUUGGACGAGGUGGCUCCUGGGCCCGCAGUGAAGGCAGCCCUGCCGUCCCUGACGAACCCCCCUUCUCUAAGUCCCAUCCGACGGAAAGGGAAGGAGAAAGAACCAGGUGAACAGGCAUCUGUGCCACUGAGCCCCAAGAAGGGAAGUGACGCCAGUCCAGCCUCCCGACAAUCAGAUGCCUCAGGGCCUGUUACAGCAAAUAAAUCCUCAUCAAUGGGGAGUUUCUACCACCUUCCUUCGUACCUCAAGUUGCACGACGUCCUGAAAGCUACGCACGCCAACUACAAGGUCACCUUGGACCUUCAGAACAGCACAGAGAAGUUUGGGGGGUUCCUGCGCUCAGCCUUGGACGUUCUCUCUCAGAUUCUGGAGUUGGCAACGCUGCAGGACAUCGGGAAGUGCGUGGAGGAGAUCCUAGGGUACCUGAAGUCCUGCUUCAGCCGGGAACCAAUGAUGGCAACUGUGUGCGUCCAGCAGCUGUUGAAGACUCUCUUUGGGACAAACUUGGCCUCCCAGUUUGAUGGCUUGUCGUCCAACCCCAGCAAGUCUCAAGGCCGAGCCCAGCGCCUCGGCUCGUCCAGCAUGAGACCAGGCCUGUACCACUACUGCUUCAUGGCUCCGUACACCCACUUCACCCAGGCCCUGGCCGACGCCAGCCUGCGGAACAUGGUGCAGGCAGAGCAGGACCACGACACCUCGGGGUGGUUCGAUGUACUCCAGAAAGUGUCCACCCAGUUGAAGACAAACCUCACAAGUGUCACAAAGAACCGUGCAGACAAGAAUGCUAUUCACAAUCACAUCCGCCUGUUCGAGCCUCUGGUCAUAAAGGCACUGAAGCAGUACACGACCACCACGUCUGUGCAGCUGCAGAAGCAGGUCUUGGAUUUGUUGGCUCAGUUGGUUCAGCUGCGGGUCAACUACUGUCUCCUGGAUUCAGAUCAGGUGUUUAUUGGGUUCGUGCUGAAACAGUUUGAAUAUAUUGAAGUGGGCCAGUUCAGGGAAUCAGAGGCAAUUAUUCCAAACAUCUUUUUCUUCCUGGUGCUGCUGUCUUACGAGCGCUAUCAUUCAAAACAGAUCAUUGGAAUUCCUAAGAUCAUUCAGCUCUGCGACGGCAUCAUGGCUAGUGGGAGGAAGGCUGUGGCACACGCCAUACCGGCUCUGCAGCCCAUAGUCCACGACCUCUUCGUAUUAAGAGGAACCAACAAAGCUGACGCAGGAAAGGAGCUGGAAACCCAGAAGGAGGUAGUGGUGUCGAUGCUCCUGAGACUCAUCCAGUACCACCAGGUGCUGGAGAUGUUCAUCCUGGUCCUGCAGCAGUGCCACAAGGAGAGCGAGGACAAGUGGAAGCGGCUGUCCCGGCAGGUCGCCGACAUCAUCCUCCCGAUGCUGGCCAAACAGCAGAUGCAUAUUGAUUCCCAUGAAGCCCUUGGUGUGUUAAACACUUUGUUUGAGAUUUUGGCCCCUUCCUCCCUGCGGCCCGUGGACAUGCUUUUACGGAGCAUGUUCGUCACGCCAGACACCAUGGCAUCCGUGAGCACUGUCCAGCUCUGGAUCUCGGGAAUCCUGGCCAUUUUGAGGGUGCUCAUCUCCCAGUCGACUGAAGACAUUGUCCUUUCCCGCAUCCAGGAGCUGUCCUUCUCUCCAUACCUAAUCUCGUGUCCGAUGAUUCAUAGGCUAAGAGAUGGGGACAGUGAUUCAGUGGCAGAAGGACACAGUGAAGAGAGACAGGGGAAGAGUUUGCCAGAAGAAACAUUCUCAAGGUUUCUCCUACAGCUGGUUGGCAUUCUCUUAGAGGACAUUGUCACGAAACAGCUGAGAGUGGAGAUGAGUGAGCAGCAGCAUACUUUCUAUUGCCAGGAACUGGGCACGUUGCUCAUGUGUCUGAUCCACAUCUUCAAGUCUGGAAUGUUCCGGAGAAUCACAGCAGCUGCGUCUAGACUCUUCACAGCAGACAGCUCCGAUGGCAGUUUCUAUGGCCUGGAGAGCUUGAAUGCGCGGGUGCGCUCCAUGAUCCCCACACAUCCGGCCCUCGUGCUGCUCUGGUGCCAGAUCCUGCUGCUUGUCAGCCACACUGACUACCGCUGGUGGGCCGAGGUGCAGCAGACCCCCAGAAGACGCAGUCUGUCCAGCACAAAGUCGCUGAAUCCCCAGAUGUCUGGAGAGGAGGAGGACUCCGACUUGGCGUCCAAACUCGGGAUGUGCAACAGAGAAAUCGUCCGGCGAGGCGCCCUCAUCCUCUUCUGCGAUUACGUCUGUCAGAACCUACACGAUUCUGAGCACUUGACGUGGCUGAUUGUCAACCACAUCCAAGACCUAAUCAGUCUGUCCCACGAGCCUCCCGUGCAGGACUUCAUUAGUGCUGUUCACCGGAAUUCCGCCGCCAGUGGCCUUUUCAUCCAAGCCAUUCAGUCUCGCUGUGAAAACCUCUCGGCUCCCACCACCCUGAAGAAAACGCUUCAGUGCUUGGAAGGGAUCCACCUCAGCCAGUCGGGCGCCGUGUUGACGCUGUAUGUGGACAAGCUCUUGUGCACUCCGUUCCGCGUGCUGGCUCGCAUGGUUGACACACUUGCUUGUCGCCGGGUAGAAAUGCUUUUGGCUGCAAAUUUACAGAGCAGCAUGGCCCAGCUGCCAGUGGAAGAACUGAACAGAAUCCAGGAGCACCUGCAGAGCAGCGGGCUUGCUCACAGACACCAGAGGCUCUACUCCCUGCUGGACAGGCUUCGUCUCUCCACCGCACCAGGGUCGCGUGGCCCCUCUCCUCCUGUCACAUCCCACCCGCUGGAUGGGGAUGGGCCCCUGGCGCUUGAGACAGUGAGUCCAGACAAGGACUGGUACGUGCGCCUGGUCCAGUCUCAGUGCUGGACGAGGUCCGACUCUGCGCUGCUGGAGGGGGCGGAGCUGGUGAAUCGGAUCCCUCCUGGUGACAUGACUGCUUUCAUGAUGAACCCGGAGUUCAACGUCAGCCUGUUAGCCCCAUGCUUGGGCUUGGGCGUGCGGGAAAUUUCUGGAGGCCUGAAGAGUCCCCUCUUUGAAGCAGCUCGAGUGGCGACUCUGGACCGGAUGACCAGUGUGGUUCAGCAGCUCCCUGCCGUCCAUCAGGUUUUCCAGCCCUCCCUGCCUGCGGAGCCCACCGCCUACUGGAGCCAAUUGAAUGAUCUGUUUGGGGAUGUCGUAUUGUAUCGCUCCCUGACCACGCUGGCCCGCGCCCUGGCCCAGUACCUGCUGGUGUUCCCCAAACUGCCCGACCACCUGCACCUUCCUCCAGAGAAGGAGAGGGACACUGUGAAGUUUGUGGUCAUGACCAUGGAGGCGCUGUCGUGGCAUCUGAUCCAUGAGCAGGUCCCACUGAGUCUGGACCUGCAGGCAGGCCUGGACUGCUGCUGCCUGGCCCUGCAGCUACCCGGCCUCUGGAGUGCACUGGCCUCCCCGGAGAUGGUGACCCACACCUGCUCCCUCGUCCACUGCGUCCGCUUCAUCCUGGAAGCCAUUGUGGUGCAGCCCGGGGACCAGCUUCUCGGUCCAGAAAGAAGGACAGACACCCCGAAGGCUGCCAGAGAGGACGGCGGAAUCGAUUCACACACGCAGAGUCCCGAAUACAUCGCCGCAGCCUGCAGGAUGGUAGCAGAGUUGGUGGAGUCUUUGCCAACCGUGCUGGCCUUGGGUCAUAAAAGAAACAGUGGCACCCCCGCCUUCCUCACGCCAGUGCUCAGGAACAUCGUGGUCAGCUUGGCCCGCCUGCCCCUCGUCAACAGCUACACGCGCGUCCCCCCCCUGGUCUGGAAACUCGGGUGGUCACCCACGCCGGGAGGGGAUUUCGGCACGUCCUUCCCCGAGAUCCCUGUGGAGUUUCUUCAGGAGAAGGAGGUCUUCAAGGAGUUCAUCUACCGCAUCAACACGCUAGGGUGGACCAGCCGCACCCAGUUUGAGGAAACAUGGGCCACCCUCCUUGGUGUCCUGGUGACUCAGCCCCUUGUGAUGGAGCAGGAGGAGAGCCCACCGGAGGAAGACACGGAGAGGACCCAGAUCAAUGUCCUGGCCGUGCAGGCCAUCACCUCUCUGGUGCUGAGCGCGAUGACUGUGCCCGUGGCUGGCAACCCAGCUGUGAGCUGCUUAGAGCAGCAGCCUCGGAACAAACCCCUGAAAGCUCUCGACACCAGGUUUGGGAGGAAGCUGAGUGUGAUCAGAGGAAUUGUGGAGCAGGAGAUUCAAGCAAUGGUGUCGAAGAGGGAGAACAUCGCUACCCACCAUCUCUACCAAGCCUGGGAUCCCGUUCCCUCUCUGUCUCCAGCCACUACAGGUGCCCUCAUCAGCCACGACAAGCUUCUGCUGCAGACCAAUCCCGAGCGGGAGCUGGGCAGCAUGAGCUACAAGCUCGGCCAGGUGUCCAUCCACUCGGUGUGGCUGGGGAACAACAUCACGCCCCUGAGAGAGGAGGAAUGGGGCGAGGAGGAGGAGGAGCCCGAUGUCCCUGCACCCUCAUCACCACCCACGUCUCCGGUCAACUCCAGGAAACACCGGGCCGGGGUUGACAUCCACUCCUGUUCGCAGUUCUUACUUGAAUUGUACAGUCGCUGGAUCCUGCCGUCAAGCUCUGCCCGAAGGACACCUGUCAUCCUCAUCAGUGAAGUGGUUCGAUCUCUCCUCGUGGUCUCGGACUUGUUCACUGAGCGCAACCAGUUUGAGAUGAUGUAUCAGACGCUGACUGAGCUGCGUAGGGUGCACCCCUCAGAAGAUGAGAUUCUCUUGCAGUACCUGGUGCCUGCCACCUGCAAGGCGGCUGCUGUCCUCGGCAUGGACAAGGCUGUGGCCGAGCCGGUCAGCCGGUUGCUGGAGAGCACGCUCAGGAGCAGCCACCUGCCCAGCAAGAUUGGGGCUCUGCACGGCGUCCUCUACGUGCUGGAGUGCGACCUCCUGGACGACACCGCGAAGCAGCUCAUCCCAGUUGUCAGUGACUAUCUCCUCUCCAACCUCAAAGGCAUAGCCCACUGCGUGAACCUUCAUAGCCAACAGCACGUGCUGGUGAUGUGCGCCACUGCCUUCUACCUGAUCGAGAACUACCCCCUGGACGUAGGGCCGGACUUCUCCGCCUCCAUCAUCCAGAUGUGUGGGGUGAUGCUGUCCGGAAGUGAGGAGUCCACACCGUCCACCAUCUACCACUGUGUCCUGAGGGGCCUAGAGCGCCUCCUGCUGUCCGAGCAGCUCUCCCGUCUGGACACAGAGUCCCUGGUCAAGCUCAGUGUGGACAGAGUGAAUGUGCACAGCCCGCACCGGGCCGUGGCGGCCCUGGGCCUGAUGCUCACCUGCAUGUACACAGGAAAGGAGAAAAUCAGUCCGGGCAGGACCUCAGACCCCAGCCCUGCCACCCCUGACAGCGAGUCUGUGAUCGUGGCCAUGGAACGUGUGUCUGUCCUUUUUGACAGGAUCAGGAAGGGGUUUCCCUGUGAGGCCCGAGUUGUGGCGCGGAUCCUCCCUCAGUUUUUAGAUGAUUUCUUCCCGCCCCAAGACGUCAUGAACAAAGUCAUCGGAGAGUUUCUGUCCAACCAGCAGCCCUACCCGCAGUUCAUGGCCACCGUGGUGUACAAGGUGUUCCAGACCUUGCACAGCACGGGACAGGCGCCCAUGGUCCGGGACUGGGUCAUGCUGUCGCUCUCCAACUUCACGCAGAGGACACCCGUGGCCAUGGCCGUGUGGAGCCUCUCCUGCUUCUUUGUCAGCGCGUCCACCAGCCCUUGGGUCUCCGCCAUCCUUCCCCACGUUAUCAGCAGGAUGGGCAAGCUGGAACACGUGGACAUUAACCUUUUCUGCCUGGUGGCCACGGACUUUUACAAACACCAGAUAGAGGAGGAGCUGGACCGCCGGGCCUUUCAGUCAGUGUUCGAGGUGGUUGCGGCCCCAGGAAACCCGUAUCAGCGACUGCUGGCCUGUUUGCGGAACAUCCACAAGGUCGCCACGUGCUGAGCACCACAGGCAGCACAGGCGGUGCGGGUCUGCCGGCACGCACAGGCUUGCUCCGGCAGUGAGGCUGUGUGCAGGGGCUGCAGCAGAUGUGGGGUUGAGCCUGAGUCCUUGCGGAAGCUCAGCAGCUGCGUGGCUGGCCCUCCGUGUAGCUCGUGUUAAUGCCAGUUAACGGUGUGCACCUUCCUUCCAAUGUCACGUGGUCCUUACGGCCAGGCUACAGCUGCUCUUGUGUCUGGGACAUGAGUCCUCUGCUCUUGCAGGUUGGCAUUAGCCCCCUCUAUGUCUCACAGGCAGAGGGUGACACCCCCAGCGUGGCACAGGGAGCCUGGGGCCGUGUCCUGCUCCUGGCAGGCAUGUGGAGGGUGGCGGGGAACAAGAGGUCCAGCGCCAUGCUUCCCUUUCUCUGUUCUCUUCUCAGGAUUUAAAGUUUAAUUCUAUCAGUAAAGAGAUUAAUUUUAAGGUA